UCUGAUGUUGGCAUCUGUCGUUUUCUGUGGAACAGGAAUCUGAGUCUUCUCUACGCUGAGUGCUCCCGUGUCCCAUCUGCUACCACACCCUGAAAUCAAAUCGGCAGCUUAGGUGAAUCAGGCACUGUACAAACAUGUCAGACUUGCCUCCACCCCUUUUUCUUCUCCCGCUUUCUCCUGCCGUCUUUCUCUCUCAAGUUUAUCGACGUGUCAGCGGAUUCCAGUGGUGGAGCAUUCUCACUUCAUCUCUGGUCACGGAGCAAUGAGGAGUCAGGGGGAUGUUUCUGGAAGAGAAGAAAAACUGGGAGCUGGAUUCCUCUGGGAAGGAGUUUGCUUCAUCUUUACUCCUAUAGCCCAGCAACACCGUCCUCCAAUCGGCUUUGCUGCAUGACAGUGGGAGAGUUUACCUCCAGACCCUUCUUUCUCCUCUCCCUUGGAACUGUCCACCACCAGCAUUGUUGCAGCAGGACUGCCAGCAUCAUGUUCCGGAAGAAGAAGAAGAAACGCCCGGAGAUCUCAGCCCCGCAGAACUUUGAGCACCGUGUCCACACCUCAUUUGACCCAAAGGAGGGCAAAUUUGUGGGCCUGCCACCUCAAUGGCAGAACAUUCUGGACACACUGAGGCGCCCCAAGCCAGUGGUAGACCCUUCAAGAAUCACAAGGAUGCAGCUCCAGCCUAUGAAGACUGUGGUGCGGGGCAGCACUGUGGAAGUGGAAGGCUACAUCUCUGGGUUGCUCAAUGACAUCCAGAAGCUUUCUGCCAUCAGCUCGAACACUCUGAGGGGCAGGAGCCCCACCAGCAGGAGGAGAGCCCAGUCGCUCGGGCUCCUGGGAGAUGAGAGACCCCCAGACAUGUACCUUCAGAGUCCUGAAGGAGACUGGGCAGACAAGUAUGGGAACUACCUCAACUGCAAUGGUGGGUCCAAGGUGGCCCGGAGGCAGACCAUGUGGCCAGAUUACAAACCCCGCCUGGAAGGGCAGUCUCAUCCCAACGGGAUGGUGACAAAAGCCCAGUCCCUGGGGCCAUCGGAGUUCCAGGGCACCGAUGGCAGCUGUCUGCAGCGCACCUCUGGGCUGCAGCACGUGCCUGCUGUGCCGGGGGAGAGCGAAAUGGCCAUGAAAAGCCCGGAGGAGGGCUGGCUUCAGCGCCAACCCAGCGCCAGGCCCUCGGGGGAGGGCAGCCCCAGCUCCAAAUCACGGGAGAACAGCCUGAAGAGGAGGCUCUUGCGCAGCGUGUUCCCCUCGUCCAGCACCUCAAACAAGCCGGGCCCUCCCCUCCAGAUCAAGCCUAAUGCUUUCUUCAAGCCCCAGCAGUGGGGUUCCCCCCACAGCCCUGCAGCCAAAGCCCAGUCUCUCCCCCCAGACCAACCUGCCUCCGAGUUCCCCAGGAUGAUCUGCGAAGCUGGGACCCCCCAGAAGUCCCCAACAGCAGAGAAGGCUGUGGCAGUGCCACCAGGCCGGCCCUCCCCAGCGGGGUCCCCCAGGAACAGGCAGACCCAGACCAGUUCCAGCAACCUCCACCUGCCCCAGGACUCUGCUGGGAAGGGGCAGCCACCCAGUGAGGACCCUGGGGUUGUGACUCACGAGCAGUUCAAAGCUGCCCUCAGGAUGGUUGUGGACCAGGGAGAUCCCAGGACACUGCUGGAGAAUUACAUCAAGAUUGGGGAAGGCUCCACAGGAAUCGUGUGCAUCGCUCGGGAGAAGCACUCGGGGCGCCAGGUGGCCGUGAAAAUGAUGGACCUGAGGAAGCAGCAGCGCCGGGAGCUCCUCUUCAAUGAGGUGGUGAUAAUGAGGGACUAUCAACAUGUCAACGUCGUGGAGAUGUACAAGAGCUACCUCGUGGGAGAGGAGCUCUGGGUGCUGAUGGAGUUCCUGCAGGGAGGAGCCCUCACAGACAUCGUGUCUCAGAUCAGGCUGAACGAGGAGCAGAUUGCCACAGUGUGUGAGUCGGUGCUGCAGGCUCUGUCCUAUCUCCACUCUCAGGGGGUCAUUCACCGAGACAUCAAGAGCGACUCCAUUCUUCUGACGUUGGAUGGCAGGGUCAAACUCUCUGAUUUUGGCUUCUGUGCUCAGAUCAGUAAAGAUGUACCUAAAAGAAAAUCCCUGGUGGGUACUCCUUAUUGGAUGGCUCCAGAAGUCAUUGCAAGGAUACCAUACACCACUGAGGUGGAUAUCUGGUCCCUGGGGAUCAUGGUGAUAGAGAUGGUAGAUGGAGAACCCCCCUACUUUAGUGAUUCUCCAGUCCAGGCAAUGAAGAGACUCCGUGACAGCCCUCCUCCCAAACUGAAAAAUUUCCACAGGACCUCUCCAGUUCUGAGAGACUUCUUGGAGAGGAUGUUGACACGAGAUCCAUUGGAAAGAGCAACAGCACAAGAACUUCUGGAUCACCCCUUUUUGCUCCAGACGGGACUUCCAGAGUGCUUGGUGCCCCUUAUCCAACAGUACAGGAAACGCACCUCCACCUGCUGACUUUAUAUGAGGGGAAACUCUAGGGAAAAGGAAUGUUUAUUCAAAAAAUAUAUAGAAAAAAUUAAGAGCCCAGGCAGUCUCAACCUGUGAAUGGUGCUUGGAACUUGCCAGUGAUUGUUUUGGAGGACAAAUGUGAAUCCUGUCCAUGCAUCCUCAGCCUCCUGUGGCUUCUUCUUUGCUGAAGACAAUCAAUACAGACUGGAUCUGAGUGAGACCAAGUCUGUCUCAAGGAUAAAGCGGGUAUUCCAUGGCUUGCGGAUCACUGCUGCCGAAGGAUGGCGUUCAAAACUGGAGUCUGAAGUUGUGUUUCCGAAUGUCUGUGGGUUUCUGCACACCCAGGCUGCUGACUACUGAGCUGGAACGAUAUUUCCCACUUAGAAAUGUGAUCUUUGUUUCCUUCAUUGUGCACUGGAGCCAUGAGCUGACUCACUUUGGGGCACAGACCCCUUUAAACUGUCAAUGCACAAAGACUUUUUUUUUUUCCUCUGAGACUUUUUCACAGAUUAUUUUAAUUUCCCUUGGUUAAAUAUGGACCUAGAAACCUGCACACACUUCCUUAGGGAGCAGAUGUGAUAUGUAUAUAUUCGUUUCUAAGUGGCUCUCUUGCAUCAACAUGCUUCUCUUUUGCUGCAGAAUGUGUAUGGUUUAGUGGUCAAUCUUGAAUCCAUUUCAUGAUUUUAAACUUUUGGAGGGGGAACCCCUUGGAUAUGGUCCUCAAAGUGGACUCUAUGAAGACCAGGUGCUCUUACCACCAGGAUCUUAUGGUUAAAAAUUCACCAUUUGCAACACCUUGUGUGCUGGUUGGAAUGUGAACAGCAUGCUCCUGUGGCUUGCUUUUCCAGUCCUUUCUCUCUGGAGAGGCUGAGAAGUGCUGCCCCGGGGCAGUUAUUGGGUAGCAUUUUGGGGAUGCUGUAGGAGACCAAAUGGAAAUAUUUGAGCUGUCCUGCAUAUCCCAGGACUGAUUUUUUGUGUUUGUGUGCUGCUGUCUGGCUAUUGGUCUGCCCUUCCCCAUCAGCCCUUUAAUCUGGAAGGUUUCUGGUUGUCUUAAACAGUUCUUUCAGUUAUUUUGACGUAGUUUUAGGUAUUUUGUAUGCUGCACUCUCUGAUCAGUGAGAUCCUCAAGGUAAUUGGCCUCUAGGUCAGGAUUAACAUUGUACAGUGAUGGUGUGUGUUGUUGUGAGGUCUCAAGAAUAUAUUUGUAGAUGUGGAGCUGGGAUCUUGUUUUGAAACUCCAGAUACCAAGAUUUUGGACUUUUAGUUAUUCUCAGGACAGUCCUGCUGUCUCAGAAACUGACCUCAGAACUGCGUUUUCUUCAGAAGAUGUUAAUAACCUCUGUCCUCUGCUAUUUGCUCCAGCUACAGAUCCUGCUUCAAAAUUGAAGCCAUGGUUGAUUACUUGAAGUAAUUUGGGAUGGAAUUCAUCUGCACUGCUGCCAACCAUCAAAGGGUGGGCACCCAGUCUGCGGAAUGUGUAGGUUGGCUCUGUAGCCCAUGGGGAGAGGAACACCCCUGGGGGAACAACUCCAGAGGUGGUUCAUCCCCUUGGUUCAGACACCUGCUGAAGGACAAAAUCGCUCUCUCUCUCCCCCAUGGCAGGUAGAGAGGUCAUAGGGGGUUUCUGUAGACUGGAUGUCUAAGUUUGGGCUGAUGGAGUUGGUUGAAAUUAAUUCAUUAAGCUCCUCCUUAGCUGCACUGGAAAAUUUUUGAUGUAAAAUGUUUCUGUAUUCCAGAUAUAUUGCUUUUUUUUAAUGCGAAAAAAGCAGGGCUUGGAAAAGAUUUAUAAUUUGAAACAAACAGUCCUGCUC